AUGAGUAAUGAAGAUCAGGAGUACCACGAUGUUCCACGCUACUUCGACGAAAAGUUUUCUGUUACGUCCAUGGAUAAUCUUCUGCCACACUCGAGCGUGCUCACGCACGACUCGUGGAAGACGGCGGCCGACGGCAGCAGCAGCACCGUGCCUAUUACGGCCCAGGCCGGUUCGACGUCACCGCGUGGCGGCACGUCCCCCGCCACGCGUCACUAUUCGCAAUGGACCCUCGAACAGCGCCAAGGAGACGACGAGGAGAUGCCGUCGCGACACAGUCAGCUGGGCUCGUCCGAGAUGCUCCAGCAGUGCCUGGGCCGGCACACGCUGCAGUUUGACCGCGGAUCCCAGGAGAGCACGUGGAGCUGCCUGCUCCUCUACUGUUUCUUCUGCGCCGUUGUCCUUGCCAUCGUGGCCUUGCUCAUAAUCGGCGGCAAAGCUGGGGGGGCCGUGAGUGUGAUGACACCCUGGGGAAGGUACUGGGGCGAGCGCCUGCAUGUUCAAGGCCGGGAAGUGUUCAGCUUCCGAGCUGUGCCAUUCGCGGAGUCUCCGACGGGUAUUCGAAGGUUUGCCCCACCUGUUCCGCUUCGGGAGACCGGCAAACCACAGAGCACGCAGGCACCCGUUUGCCCACAGCUACAGCCGCCCAUUCCCUCGCUGGAAUUCACCAGGAUGAGCGAGAACUGCCUACACGCCAACGUAUGGACGCCCUCGUUGGGAUUCCCUCACAGACCCGUGCUGGUGGUUUUCCACGGCCUGCACUUUGAGUACGGUGGCAACCAGCCGCGACUCUUAGACGGCGGGCUUCUGGCUGCCCGAGAAAACCUGGUGGUCGUGGUACCCAACUACAGGCUCGGCAUCUUCGGCUUCUUCUCCGACAACACGACCGACGCGCCCGGCAACGUGGCCUUCCUCGACCAGCGUAUGGCCAUGGACUGGGUGCGCGUGUGCGCGUCCUCCUUCGGCGGUGACCCCGGGUCCGUGACUGUGCUCGGCUACGGCGCUGGUGCCGCCUCGCUCGGCCUACAACUACUUAGCCCGGCAAAGCACUGGAUUCAGAGCCAGCCCCGGAGGCUGCUGCUGCAGAGUGGGUCUCCACUGCAGCCCUUCAAGUGGGACGAGGGUAACCUGCGUGACCAGAUCGGCGCGCUCUUAGUCGAGCUGGGAUGCAAGUAUGACGUGACGGCGGCAAAAAAGUGCAUGCGGAUGGUGUUCAUGGACCGGCUGUUGAGGCCUACGCUGCGCCUGCAGUACUCGUUCGGGCCGCGCUUCCUGACGUCCUUCCUUCCUUGCGAAGACGCCGAAGGACUCGCCCUUCCAGACGCGGCCACCAACAAAAAGCUGAUCCUCUUGGGCAAUGUUAGGGGUGAGGGCAUCGUGUUGUACGACAUGAUGCGACGACUGCACACGGGUUCCGGCGACUCGAGGAGACUCUGGCCUACCGUGAGGAACGAGCUCUUCGAGUAUGGCGUCAGGGACGUGGACACCGUGUGGCACCUCUACUCUUCUGGCGAGGACAGCGACGCUAAUGAGACAAGCGACGACCCGAGUGAGCGAGCAGCUCUGACGCGACUGCUGGGCGACGCGUUCCACGUGUGCCCGCUCCAGUACUUCGCGCAGGCGCUGAGCGCCAAGGGCCACCAGGUCUUCGCCUACGUGUUCUCCGCCAAGCCGUCCGGCAGCCACUGGAGCGAGGAACGCUGGCCAGCUCAGUACGAGGACUUGCCCUACUUUCUGGGCACUAAUUUAGCCAGGAAGACACAUACCUGGGAGAAACCGCUUAGCGCCAAGCUGAUGGACCUGCUGGCCGGCUUCGCUCAUCACGGGACUCUACCGGCGCUGAACGACGGCUCUGCGUGGCCACCAUACAGUGAGGAGAGCCCAGCAGUCGUCGAGAUUGGAAGCUCGGGCCUGCGGCUCUUAGCCGAGGGAUACCGCGACUCCUUGUGUCGUCGCCUUCGAACCCACUUGCUGAAGAACCCCGACAACAUAUUCAGCUCUGCAGGAUGCCAGCGCCGAAAAAAAGUGCUUCGCUAA